AUGGUCGCAUCAAAAUAUAAGGAUAACUCGAUUCUUGGUCGAGAACUCGAGGAAGAGCUUAUGAAAUAUACGAUGAGUUACGAAGAGAGUGAAGUGGACCCCGUCUCAGUCGAGCAGGCUGAUGAAAUCCACGCAGAAUCUGAUGCGGAAGCCGACAUAAUCGGGCGUUUGGAAUUCAAUGGGGGCAAUGAGAGAACUGAAGCAGAUUGCGUGGAUACAAUUGAAAGCUCGAGUUCAUUUGGUGACUCUGAUUAUGAAGCUGAUGAUUUUGAUCCCCUGCUAGAGCCUGAUGUUUUGUCCAGUAAUUUUGAUGGAUUUGGUGGAAUUUUCAGCAUGAGGAAGAGAAGGCUUACAAAUCACUGGAAAGCCUUUAUCAAGCCUCUAAUGUUGCGGUGUAGAUGGGUUGAGCUGCAAAUAAAGAAGUUAGAGGCACAAGCACGAAGAUAUGAUAGAGAACUCGAAAACUACAGUCAGCGUAAAAUGGGGUUAGAGAAAUUUAUGGUGCAAGAUUUCGACUUAGCAAAAUCCAUUCCUUUUUCGAAGGAUUGUUUUGGAAGUGAGAUCUUCAUGAGGAAGAAAAGAAAACGGAAGGAGGAAGCAGAGGAUUUAGCAGCAUAUAUGUCCAGUCAUUACCUUUUUUCUUAUUUUGGUACCAUACAUUUUAUCAUUAGCUCUCUUACUAUAGUUGUUAUUUUCCCGGUUAAGGAUUUGACAUCAAAAGCCACCAAGAAAGUCGACAUAGAUGACGAUUUUUUGGACAUGAACGGUGACCUGUCAUGUGGUGAGAAUGAAGGUGACGAUAAUUUUGUGGAGGAAAUGUUUCAGAAGGCUGAUCUUUUACAGUCUCGAGUUGAUUGGUUGAAGAGUAGAGUUGACAAGAUAAUAAAAGACAGUUCUGAAAAGUUUACUUGCGCCGAUUACACGAGUGAUGAAGAAGGUGGUAUGGAGGGAACAUCUGUGGGUGCUUAUGUCGUGUCCCAGCUUAUAGCAGAGUAUGAGUCGAGUGAGUUUCUUGUGCCGGAAAGUGCAGUUAAAAGAUGUCUAGAGAUUUCGUGUGAUGCUAAUGACCGAAUGGAUUGUGUUUGUUUUGCAGAUCCAGCUGAAAAUGAUGACUAUGGAGUUCUCAUCGACAACCCGAGAAUGAAGGAAGAGAUGGACAGCUUCAAUGUACAGUACAUACAACCAAUUCAGAGACCAGAUAUGGCGGAUUCUAAUCGGCUUUUGGAUAACCAACAACCUUUGAAGAAGGGCUCGAUUUUGAAAGAUACCAACCGGGAGAGCACGAAAAAUCGGGAGAGACAAGGUCUGCGAGUCAAGUUCAACAUUUAA